AUUGCUUUGCUUCCAGCAUACCACCUUUUGCUUUUUCAAGUACAAACUUAGCAUUUUACCACUUUUUACUGCUCCAUGUCGCCUUGCCUGAUCCCCGUAUCACCGACAAACCUGUACACUAUUAAUUCCUUGCCCCGAUCGAAGUAAAUAUUCUCCGUUUGUCGGCCGGGCUUAGGCGGCUUUCAUAUUCUUGAUUUUGUCUUUCCUUACCUAAAUCUCGAGGUGGAUCCAUCUUUCUUAGGUUGGAAAAGAGUGCACGUGGCGUGGCAUAUAUCGUGCGCGAGCUGAAUGGUGCUCUGAAGAGGGCAAAAGGCGGAUGGUGAAUGGCGUAUUUGGCUUCUUCUCCCCCUUCCCUUCCCUUUUUCCUCCUCUUUUUACUCGUUUUAUUUGUGGGGGCGAUAUUACGGAAAAUGUUCAAAAAUCUUUGCUUUUGCCUUUCUAUAUUAUGUUUUCGAGACGUUUCCCUAUACCCUCUACUUUACUUGUCGAUUCUAAAAAGUUUAUUUGUUUUUUGGUACUUGCACUUGUAUUUGUUCGGAAAUGGGGGAUUGGUUUCGGCUAGGCAGACCAUAGGGACGGAAGGGGAAAGGGAAGGGGAGGAAAGGAGUUUGAUUUAGUUUGUGCCAAUUAUGAAACAAGCUACCCUCUUGA